AUGGGAACGGUGCUGUCGCUGUCCCCCGGCUACCGCAAGGCGGCGCUGUUCGAGGACGGGUCGGCCACGGUGGGCCACUACACGGCCGUGCAGAACAGCAAGAACGCCAAGGACCCGUCGGCCGCCAAGGGCCUGAAGCGGCCGUCCAUCAUCAGCUCGUUGCCAUGGAAACGCAUCGUGGCCGCCUCGUCCAAGCGGAAAGGCUCCAAGAAGCUGCCGUCGGAGGGCGGCGGCGGCGGCGGGGACGGGGGCAAGGAGGGCGGGGCCUCGCCCGAGGCCGCCGCCGCCGCCUCCGGGAGCAUGAGGCUGAAGAAGUCCCAGUCGUGCGCCAACCUGUCAUCGUACACCUCGGGGCAGGACGGCGUGGCACUGGCGGUCGUGGGCGCUAACGGCGCCGCCGGUGCUACCACCACCACCACCACCACCACCAAGAGCUCCCUGACCGGGCCCGGGACGCAGGUGUCCAACGCCACCGGCACGCCCAAACGGGUCAUCGUACAGGCCUCCACCAGCGAGCUGAUGCGCAGCCUGGGCGAGUUCCUGUGCCGGCGCUGCUACCGUCUGAAGCGCCUCUCUCCCACCGACCCCGUGCUCUGGCUGCGCUCCGUGGACCGCUCCCUGCUGCUGCAGGGCUGGCAGGACCAGGGCUUCAUCACGCCCGCCAACGUGGUCUUCCUCUACAUGCUGUGCCGCGACGUGGUCUCCUCGGAGGUGGCGUCGGAGCGCGAGCUGCAGGCCUCGCUGCUCACCUGCCUCUACCUGUCCUACUCCUACAUGGGCAACGAGAUCUCCUACCCGCUCAAGCCCUUCCUGGUGGAGGCGGAGAAGGAGGCCUUCUGGGACCGCUGCCUCGACAUCAUCGGGCGCAUGAGCGGCAAGAUGCUGCAGAUCAACACCGACCCGCACUACUUCACCCAGGUGUUCGCCGACCUGAAGAACGAGAGCAAGAAGGAGGAGGAGAAGACCCGCCUGCUCAUCGGGCUCGACCGAUAA